CGUCACUGCGAGGCGGUGGGAGGAGUGAAAAGAGCAGCAGCGUGUCUCCAGAAACAUGAAACAUGGACGAGGAGGUGGCGGAAAGUUGGGGGGAAGCUGCUGAAAACGGGGAAAUGGAAAAGCGGUUAGCGGAGAAGCUAAGAAUCAGCCAUAGAGAAAAAGAGUCCAGUAACCAUCUUUGUCCCCGCUCCCCACUGAGCAUGGCCAUGGUCAUCCAGGACGAUGCUCUUCCCUCAGCUCCGCCGCCUCAGAUCCGCAUCUUGAAGCGGCCAACCACUAACGGCUCGCUGGCCUCGUCUCUGAGUCACAACCGACCCACGCCGCAGGUCAAGUCCUUGGCUCAGCGGGAGGCUGAGUACGCAGAGGCCAGGAAGAGGAUUUUAGGGAGUGCCUGUCCGGAAGAAACCGCUCAGGACAAGAACAGCACAGACAGAUCCGCUCGCAACAACAACAGCAACAACAGUAGCAGCACAAUGUCGACUUCAGACGAGGACGUGCGCGCCAACAAGCACACCGUGAGACCACCUAGCAGUCCCGAUGGCACACGCGGCUUGAGGCAGCACAGAUAAGUGCAAAGUGCAGGAAAUAACCUGACUCACUGUGACCGCCAACCCUUUAAAAGGAAACUCCUCACUCUGCCUCUUUGCACCGCCCACCAAAGACUAGCAAAGAGGAGUGGGGGGGGCAUAAAACAAACACACCUCCCCCAGCAAUAAUAAUCAAGACAUUACUUUUUUAAAAUAAUUAUUAUUUGUGCUUUUUCAUCUUUUUGGGUCUUUUACAAGGAAUGCUGUUAUUUUUAUUGAGAAAACUCCUGACAGAGACUCAAACCAACAGAACAAACCACUCUUAAAUCCGCUUGAUGCUUCAGUUCUCUUCCGAGACACUAGGGGCGGCGUUUCCCACUGACCUAUAGGACACAACAAAGACGUAAUUGGACGCAGGAAUAGCACUCCUUCCACUUUAAUACAUAAAACAUGCAUUUUUAUCUUUAGCCAAGUCACUAUUACAUUAGUUUUACGGUCACUUUUUAGCAGCUUUUUGACACACAGGACAAUGUCAGCAUUAUUUUUUAACAAAACAACAAAAAGUCUACCCAUUAAAACUUGAUUGAUCGUCUGUUUGUAUGGAACGCUUUUAGCCCCUCCACAUGAAAAAGUGAUUUUCUUCUUCACAUCUCAUAAACGCCAUCGCAGCGCCCUAGGUUGAACUCUGAGCCAACAUGGCUGCCGCUGUCGGAAAAAUGUUUACGUGACUUUUCGUGCAAUCGUCCGCUGCCGGAACCAGGAAAGGACAAGAAGUGAAGUCGCUGAAGGAAUAUUGUGGAUGUUUUUUUUCUACCAUCCCAUGUUUUUCUGGGUGCACCUUUUAGAGAAAGCAAGCCAUAAAAAGUGGAAUAACAAGAUGCAAAAAUAAAAUUCCAAUAUAAAACAAA